AUGGCUGAGGACUCGGAGCCUGAAUUUUACCUAAGGUGGAAACACUGUGAGACACCAGGUAUUAAGACUCUGUGCAAUCUAAGGACACUUCUGAACAAACUCCAGAAAGACCACAGAGAUGAUGUCUACACGUACACCUCCGGACACCUGAACCCCAGCAAGCUCUACAGGCCUCUGGAGACAAUCCUGUACCACUGGCCCAAUGCCAACAGGCCCAAGGAGGCAAACGUCUUUGGAGUAGAAAAGCCAUCUUAUAAGAAGAUUAAAAAGAUGAAAGAUGCUUUAGCUUAUUUUACCAUCAACACAGCUGUGGGCCCAAAAGAUGCCGAGAACACACCACUCUUGAGGUAUUUGAACCCUCUGACACGUGGUUCCCACACUUUGGAGGAGGAUUUGAUUCCAAAGAAGGGUUUGAGAGAGGAAGGUUCUCCUGAACGGCCAAAGAGAGAAGAGCUAAGAUGGCCCAAGAUGAAGGUUCUGAAGUACAAAGAAGUGAAGUCCAGCCGUGAGUGUGCUAUGUGCCCCCCAGGCAGGGACGAGUUCCAGUACCUCAGCUCACACUUGGCUGGCAUAACAAAAGCAGACAAGUACAGGAAGUUCUUGAGUUUCCAGAAACAAGUUCUUGCAAAGCAAGAUGUCUGGAAGAGUGACUUCACUGGGAGCAAGGUAGCGACGUGCCAUGAAAAGAAGUUGGAGCAGAAGCUCCAGAAAAUAUGUGUCUGUGACCCUGAAGAGUUCAACAGACUACAGGUCUUUGGAGAAGUCUUUGAAGAUAUUUGCAAUAGUUCUUUGAUAUUUGGUGAUAUCUUGAAAGAAAUUAAGGACGAAUAUGAACUCUACAUGUUAUUACUUCUGAAGACCCAGCCCACAGAGCAGUAUAAGACUUUGCUGACUUACAUCCAGGGGCUGGAGACGAGGAGGGUGAGGACCGCAGAUGUCGACCAGGCCAGGGAGGACCUGAGGGUGCUCGUGAUGACCAUCAAAGCAGCCCUGGACCGUAAUGACAAACUCAGAAGUGAAUUGGAGCUGGAACGCACGUUGCUGCAAUCCACUAAGAAGAGAUCAGAAUCACCUGAGAAAAAUGUAAUGAAGGAGGAGCGUCUUACUCUUAUUGAGAAGGUUGAAAAAAAGAGGUGUGAAGUGCUUAAUAAAUGGGAUGAAAUUCAAGCUCUUGAAAGAGAAAUUAAAACAACUUUGGUUCAUACUGGAAUUUUGCAUAUCACCGAGAAUAAGAUUAAAAGCUUAGAGACUGAAACUAUAAAGUUGGAAACAGCAAAUAAAAUUUUAAAGAAGAAAAUACAAUUUAUUGAAAACCACGUGAAGCAGAUCAUGGGGAAGAGCAAGCUGAGUGAGGGGGAGAAACAGAACCUUUGGGAAUUUAUUAAAGAAUUUGUAAAAUUAAAACAGACAGAUAACUCUUAA